UGCAGCAGACUAUCCUACUAUAACCUAAAUAGAGCUAUUUCAGACAUAUUUAACGCCUAUAUGAAUUAAGACCCAGAGAAACGAAAACGAAAGCACAUGACCAGAGAGCAAAAAGCUGCAUCCCUAUGGUUUUGUCUCGUUUUGAGGAUCAAACGGUGCGUUUCAUAUUGAUAAGGUACUACUCAAUAUGUCUCGUCUCUUUCUUUCCUUCUUGCCUUCUUGCCUUCAACACUCUGUCAUCCUCUUUCUUUGUUUUCUUUUGCUCUUUUAUUCUCUUAAAAACUCUGAUUUUGCAUUUACUAUUAUUCUCAUCCUUUGUAAUUGCCUUCAUCUUCUUUCUCCGUUACGUUCUCUCUGUACCAUAUCUCUAGCUAGCUAUAUCAUACAAUUAUGAACACGACUCGGAUUCUAAACACGACCCGACCCCUUUGGCCCGGUUUCUCUUCUUCCAAAUCUAUAUGCGGCGAUGCCAACUGCAUGGAGCAGCUUCUUCUCCACUGCGCAAACGCCAUCGAAUCAAACGACGCCACGUUGGCUCAACAGAUCAUUUGGGUCCUCAACAACCUCGCUUCACCAGACGGAGACUCUACUCAGAGACUCGCUUCCUCCUUCCUCCGCGCGUUGAUGUCACGCGCCGCCUCAAAAAUACCGUCGUUCGCUUUCCUUUCAGUCGCUGGUACCGCUGCUUCCGUCUCCCGGAAAACGCUUCACCGCUUCUCCGUCAUAGAGCUAGCGCAAUUCGUAGACUUAACUCCGUGGCAUCGUUUCGGGUUCAUAGCCGCUAACGCCGCAAUCCUCGACGCCGUCGAAGGUUACUCCUCCGUUCACAUCGUUGACUUAAGUUUGACUCACUGCAUGCAAAUGCCUACUCUUAUAGACUCCAUGGCAAACAAACUACACAAACAACCCCUUCCACUUCUCAAACUCACCGUCAUCGUUUCCGACGACGAAUCUCAUCCGCCUCCAUUGCUCGGAAUCUCCUACGAAGAGCUUGGUUCGAAGCUAGUAAACUUCGCGACCACACGUAACAUAGCAAUGGAGUUUAGAAUCAUUUCUUCUUCUUACUCCGACGGUCUCUCCUCCCUUAUCGAACAACUACGAAACGACCCUUUCGUCUUUAACGAAGCUCUCGUUGUUAACUGCCACAUGAUGCUUCAUUACAUUCCCGACGAAAACUUAACUUCGAGUCCUACCCGAUCAGUUUUCUUGAAAGAGCUUCGAGACCUAAACCCAACGAUCGUAACCCUAAUCGACGAAGACGCGGAUUUCACGUCAACUAAUCUUAUCUCCAGGUUACGGUCUCUCUACAACUACAUGUGGAUUCCAUACGACACGGCCGACAUGUUUUUAACACGUGGCAGCGAGCAAAGACAGUGGUACGAGGCGGAUGUAAGUUGGAAGAUAGAUAACGUGAUAGCCAAGGAAGGUGCUGAGAGAGUGGAGAGAUUGGAACCGAAGAGCCGGUGGUUCGAGCGGAUGAGGGAAGCUAAGUUUGCCGGCGUUGGGUUCGGCGAGGAGGUGGCUACGGAGGCUAAAACAAUGCUGGAGGAACACGCCACCGGUUGGGGAAUGAAGAGAGAUGUUGACGAAGAUGAUGACGUGGAACGUUUUGUGCUGACGUGGAAGGGACAUAGUGUUGUGUUUGCUUCAGCUUGGGCACCAAUUUAAUGGCGUUGCUGAUAUUAUAUAGACCUUAAUUAAGGAUUAGUAGUAUUCAGUAACUUAAUUAGUAGUGUGUACUUGGUACUAUUGUAUUAAAAAGUGAAGGGCAAUUUAACCCGACCCGUAGACCGUAGUGUCUGAAUGGGUUGACUUU